CUGAGGAAGAAAGAGUGAAAGACAACUUUUUUCUUUCACCCUUCCACUUCCGUAUUCAGUGGAAACAACACCUCUCAAACCAUCAUUACUCAGUGUUCCAUCUAUAUAUGGAGAGAGUUUGGUUAAGUUAGGUAAUGAAGGAUCAGGUUUUGGCAAAGGGUAUUGAAGUUUUGAAUCAAAGAUGGUUUUUACUUCUCUCAUUUCUCAGCCUUUCUCUUCUUCAUCUCUCUCGAUGAUGAAACGCAACAUUACUGUUAAAAGAUCGGAUCUUUUUCUUGAUUCUUCAAGAAUUAGAUUAGAUAAUCCUUGGAGCUUCGUUGGAGGAUCAAGAAUCUCUCUUCACCCCAAUGUUUCAUCGAAUUCUUGCUCUGUAGUUUACAAGAAAGUCUUUGGCGUACAAGCUUCAUUGUUGGCUACAUCUCAGAUUGCAAGUAGUGUGUUUGCAGUUGGAACAACCGCAGUUCUUCCCUUUUACACUCUUAUGGUUGUAGCUCCAAAAGCUGAGAUUACCAAGAAGUGUAUGGAGAGUAGCUUACCGUAUAUCGUCUUAGGCGUGUUAUACGCGUAUUUGUUAUACCUUUCUUGGACACCCGAGACACUCAAGUACAUGUUUUCUAGUAAAUACAUGUUGCCAGAGUUGUCGGGGAUAGCAAAAAUGUUCUCAAGUGAAAUGACUCUUGCCUCUGCGUGGAUUCAUCUUCUUGUUGUCGAUCUUUUCGCUGCCAGGCAAGUUUAUAAUGAUGGUUUACUGAACCAGAUCGAAACGAGGCAUUCUGUUUCGCUUUGCCUUCUCUUCUGCCCGGUUGGAAUCGUUUCGCAUUGUGUAACCAAAGCUUUAACCAACAACCAGUGCAAGUAAACCUGCGAUCUUGGUCUCUCAUCGACUUUCUUUAACUUGCUUAUAAAGAUUUGGAAUGAUGGUUUUCAUUGUACGCUUGUCUCGGAUCAAAAUUAAACAUAAACUAGUUUGUAAUGAAGUAAGUUGUUGACAGAAUCAAUGAGACCAAACAAGAUUUGGAAUGAUGGUUUUAUAUAAUCUUGCAGUAAGUUUACAUCUU